AUGGGGGCCGCCGCCGCCCGGAGCUGCCCCGCGGGGCCCGCGCCCGCCGGCCGCCCCCCGCUCGCGCCGCUGCUGCUGCUGCUGCUGCUCGGGGCGCCGGCGGCCGCGCGCGCCCAGGGCGCCGACUUCCCCGAGCUGUGCAGUUAUACUUGGGAAGCUGUUGAUACCAAAAACAACAAACUUUACAAAAUCAGCGUCUGUGGAAAUGUGGACGUUCCCCACUGCGGGCCCUCGAGCGCCAUCUGCAUGUACGACUGGCAGGCGAAAAACUACCGCUCCGUGGGGAACUCUGAUUUGAAAAGUACAACCAGAUCUCUUAUGGAAUUCAACACAACCACCAUCUGUGAUGGGCCAAAUUCAAAUCACAAAAUCCAGAGCAGCAUCACCUUCCUAUGUGGGAAAACCUUGGGAACUCCCGAAUUUGUCACUGCCACAGGCUGUGUGCAUUACUUCGAGUGGAGGACUUCUGUUGCCUGCAAGAAAGACAUAUACAAAGCCCAUAAAGAGGUGCCGUGCUCCGCGUUCGAUGUGGACCUCAAGAAGCGCGACUUAAACCCGCUGAUCAAGAUUAGCGGCGGUUACUUGGUGGACGACUCUGACCCAGACAUGUCUCUGUUCAUCAACGUUUGUAGAGACAUAGACUCACUGCGGGACUCAAGCCCGCAACUGCGAGCCUGCCCUCCGGGCACUGCCGCCUGCCUGCUGAGAGGGGACCAGGCAUUCGAUGUUGGCCAGCCCAAGGACGGCCUGAAAUUCCUGAGCAAGAACAGGCUUGUCCUGAGCUACGUGAAAGAGGAGGCAGCAAAGCCGGACUUCUGUGCUGGCCACAGCCCGGCGGUGACCAUCACGUUUGUGUGUCCAUCAGAGCGGAGAGAGGGCACCCUUCCCAAGCUCACGGCCAAGUCCAACUGCCGCUUCGAGGUGGAGUGGAUCACCGAGUACGCCUGCCCCCGAGACUACCUGGAGAGCAGGAGCUGCUCCCUGAGCAGCAGGCAGCACGACAUCUCCAUCGACUUGCAGCCACUGCGCCUCCUCGCAAACCCCCCUUACUACGUCGUGGAUGGCGGAGAGUACACUUUCCACUUGAAUCUCUGUGGAGGAGCCGAAGCGGGGGUCUGUGGGAAGGGCACCACCGUGUGCCAGGUGAAGAAGUCCCAGCCCUCACAACGCAAGGUCGCCGGAAGGAGCCAGAAUCAGACGCUCCGGUACUCCGACGGCGACCUCACCUUGAUCUACACCGGGGGCGAGGAGUGCAGCUCUGGUUUCCAGCGCAUGAGUGUCAUAAACCUCGAGUGCAGUGAAAGCGCAGGCAACAACGGGAAAGGAAACCCCGUGUUUACCGGGGAGGUGGACUGCACCUACUUCUUCACGUGGGGCACCAAGCAUGCCUGUGUCAAGGAGAAGGAGGACCUCCUGUGUGGCGUCACCGACGGCAAGAAGCGCUUCGACCUGUCUGCUCUGGCGCGGCACGCAGAAACGGAACAGAAUUGGGAAGCUGUGGAUGGCAGCCAGAGUGAAACAGAAAAGAAGCAUUUCUUCAUUAAUAUCUGCCACCGGGUGCUGCAGCAGGGCCAGGCCAGGGGCUGCCCUGAGGAUGCGGCUGUGUGUGCCGUUGAUAAGAAUGGAAGUAAAAAUCUCGGAAAAUUUGUUUCUUCUCCCACAAAAGAGAAAGGAAGCAUCCAGCUGUCCUACAUGGACGGCGACGACUGUGCUCUGGGCAGGAAGACGGCCACGAACAUAACGCUUGUCUGCAAGCCAGGUGACCUUGAGAGCGCCCCAGUGCUGAGGUCCUCGGAGGACGAUGGCUGCUUCUACGAGUUCGAGUGGCACACGGCCGCUGCCUGCGUGCUGGCCCGGACGGAGGGCGCCAACUGCUCCGUGUUCGACUCCCAGGCAGGCUUUUCUUUUGACUUGUUACCUCUCAUGAAGAAAAAUGGUGCCUAUAAAGUUGAGACAGAAAAAUACGACUUCUACAUAAACGUCUGUGGCCCUGUAACUGCCGACCUUUGCCCGCCCAACUCGGGAGCCUGUCAAGUCACAAAAAGUGACAGAAAGGCCUGGAGCCUGGGGCAGAAUAACGCUAAGCUGUCCUAUUAUGACGGGAUGAUCCAGCUGAACUACAAAGACGGGACACCCUAUAACAAUGCCAGGCACACACCGAGGACCACGCUGAUCACGUUCCUUUGUGACCGAGAAGCUGACAUUGGCUUCCCCGAGUAUCAGGAAGAAGAUAACUCGACCUAUAACUUCCGGUGGUACACGAGCUAUGCCUGCCCGGAGGAGCCCCUGGAGUGCGUGGUGACCGACACUCUGUCGCUGGAGCAGUACGACCUGUCCAGCUUGGCAAAGGCCGAGGGCAGCCAGGGAGGGAACUGGUACGCCAUGGACAACGCCGGGGAGCACAGCACAUGGAGGAAGUACUACAUCAACGUGUGCCGACCCCUGAAGCCGGUGCCAGGCUGCGCGCGCUACACGUCGGUUUGCCAGAUGAAGUAUGAGAAAUCGCAGGGUGCCUACUCGGAGGCGGUGUCCAUCAGCAACCUGGGGAUGGCCAAGACGGGCCCGACGGUGGAAGACAGCGGCAGUCUCCUCCUCGAGUACGUCAACGGCUCGGACUGCACCACCAGCGACGGAAAACGCACCACCUAUACCACCAGGAUCCACCUCGUCUGCUCCAGGGGCAGCCUGAAUACCCACCCCAUAUUUUCCCUUAACUGGGAGUGUGUGGUCAGCUUCCUGUGGAACACCGAGGCCGCCUGCCCCGUGCAGAUCACCACGGACACAGACCAGGCCUGCGCCAUCAGGGACCCCAACAGUGGGUUCGUGUUUGAUCUCAACCCGCUCAACAGCACCCAGGGAUAUGUGGUCUCGGGCAUCGGGAAGACUUUUGUGUUCAACGUGUGCGGCACGAUGUCCGUCUGUGGGACCUUUGACGACAAACCUGCUUCUGGCUGUGAGGCCGAGACCCAGACGGAAGAUCUGAACAAUCUGAAGCCAGUCAGGCCAGUUGGCCUGUCCAGCCUCCAGCUGUCCACAGAGGGUCUGAUCACACUGACCUACAAAGGACGUGUGAACCCUAGCAAAGGGGCCGCUGAUGCGUUCAUCAUCCGCUUUGUUUGCAACGAUGACAUUUACCCAGGAAGCCCCAGGUUCCUGCAUCAAGAUAUCGACUCCAACCUGGGGAUUCACGACACUUACUUUGAGUUUGAAACUGCACUGGCCUGUGUCCCCUCCCCGGUGGAUUGCCAAGUCACAGACGAUGCUGGCAACGAGUAUGACCUGAGCGGCCUGAGCAAAGUCCGGAAGCCUUGGGUUGCUGUGGACACCUCACCUGAGGGCAGGAGGAGAACUUUCUAUCUGAGUGUCUGCACCCCUCUGCCAUACAUCCCUGGGUGCCACAGUAGUGCAGUGGGGUCCUGCCUGGUGACAGAGGAGAAGAGCUGGAGCCUGGGCGUGGUACAGAUUAGCCCCCAGGUGGCAGCCAACGGGUCCCUGAGCAUUGUCUAUGUCAACGGUGACAAGUGUGGGGACCAGCGCUUCUCCACCAGGAUCACCUUGGAGUGUGCGCAGACCUCGGGAUCGCCGACCUUUCAGCUUUUGGAUGAGUGUGAAUACGUGUUUGUCUGGAGGACCGUGGAGGCCUGUCCUGUCAUCCGAGCGGAAGGAGACAACUGCGAGGUCAGGGACCCCCGGCACGGACACCUGUACAACCUGAGGUCCCUGUCCCUGAACGACACGAUCGUGACUGCCGGCGAGUACACCUACUACUUCCGGGUCUGCGGGCAGCUGUCCUCGAGCGUCUGCCUCGGCGGCGAGAAGGCCAAGGCAGUCUCGUCGUGCCAGGAGAAGCGGGGGCCCCAGGGCUUCCAUAAAGUGGCAGGUCUCCUGACGGAGAAGCUGACCUACGAGAAUGGGCUGUUGAAGAUGAACUACACCGGCGGGGACAGGUGCCACCAGGUGUAUGAGCGCUCCACCACCAUCUACUUCUACUGUGACCGCGGCACCCAGAGGCCCAUGUUUCUCAAGGAGACCUCGGACUGCUCGUACCUGUUUGAGUGGCGGACCCAGUACGCCUGCCCACCCUUUGACGUGACGGAGUGUUCUUUCAAAGAUGCGGCCGGGAACACCUUCGACCUGUCGUCCCUGUCAAGGUACAGUGACAACUGGGAAGCGGUGACGAGGACGGGGGCCACCGAGCACUACCUCAUCAACGUCUGCAAGUCUCUGUCCCCGCAUGCUGGCUCGGAGCCCUGCCCUCCGGAAGCAGCCGUGUGUAUGGUGGGCGACUUCAAGCCUGUGAACCUGGGCCGGGUGCGGGAUGGCCCUCAGUGGAGCGAUGGCGCCACAGUCCUCACAUACGUGGAUGGAGACUGGUGUCCAGACAGGAUCCGGAAGAAGUCGACCACCAUCCGCUUCAUCUGCAACGACAAGCAGACCAACACCAGGCCCGUGUUCGUCAGCGCGGUGGAGGACUGUGAGUACACCUUCUCCUGGCCCACGCCCGCCGCCUGCCCUGUGCGGAGCAACGUGCACGACAACUGCCAGGUCACCAACCCCAACACAGGACACCUGUUCGACCUCACCUCUCUCGGGGGCAGAGCUGGACACACGGCUGCCUACAGUGAGAAGGGGCUUGUCUUCAUCAGUAUCUGUGGGGAGAACGAGAACUGUCCCCCUGGCGUGGGCGCCUGCUUCGGGCAGACCCGGAUCAGUGUGGGCAAGGCCAACCAGAGGCUGACCUACGUGGACCAGGUGCUGCAGCUGGUGUACAAGGACGGGUCCCCGUGUCCUUCCAAAACCGGCCUGACCUACAAGAGCGUCAUCAGCUUCGUGUGCCGGCCCGAGUCCAGCCCCACCAACAGGCCGAUGCUCAUCUCCCUGGACAAGCAGACAUGCACGCUCUUCUUCUCCUGGCACACACCCCUGGCCUGCGAGCAGGUGACGGAGUGCUCCGUGCGGAACGGGAGCGCCCUGAUCGACCUGUCUCCCCUCAUCCACCGCACUGGGGGGUACGAGGCCUAUGACGAGAGUGAGGAAGACGAGGAGUCGGACACCAACCCUGACUUCUACAUCAACAUCUGCCAGCCGCUCAACCCCAUGCACGGGGUGGCCUGUCCCGCUGGAGCUGCCGUUUGCAAAGUGCCCGUGGACGGGAACCCCAUAGACAUUGGCCGUGUCACAGGACCUCCUGCCUUCAACCCGGUAGCCAAUGAAGUUUACUUGAACUUUGAGAGCAGCACGCCCUGUGCCACGAACAGUCUUUUCAACUACACCUCAUUGAUCGUGUUCCACUGCAAGAGGGGCGUGAGCAUGGGCACCCCGAAGCUGCUAAGGACCAGUGACUGUGACUUCGUGUUCGAGUGGGAGACCCCGCUGGUCUGCCCGGACGAGGUGAAGGCGGAUGGCUGCUCCCUGACGGACGAGCAGCUCUACUACAGCUUCAACCUGUCCAGCCUGUCCAAAAGCACCUUCAAGGUCACUCGAGACUCGCGCACCUACAGCGUGGGCGUGUGCACCGCGGCGUUGGGCCCGGACCAAGGAGGCUGCAAGGAUGGCGGUGUCUGCCUGCUCUCUGGGACCAAGGGCGCGUCCUUCGGCCGCCUGGCGUCCAUGAGACUGGAUUACAGGCACCAGGACGAGGCCGUCAUCUUAAGUUACGCCAAUGGAGACAAUUGCCCUCCAGAAACCGAUGACGGAGACCCCUGCGUGUUCCCCUUCAUCUUCAACGGGAAGAGCUACGAGGAGUGCGUGGUGGAGAACAGGGCGAAGCUGUGGUGCGCCACCACCGCCAACUACGACAGGGACCGCGAGUGGGGGUUUUGCAGACACUUGAACAGCCACCGGAUGUCUGCAAUCAUCUUCAAGUGCGACGAGGAGGCCGACCUCGGGAGGCCCCAGGUGCUCAGCGAGACCCGCGGGUGCGAGGUGACCUUUGAGUGGAAGACCAAGGUGGUCUGCCCUCCAAAGAAGAUGGAGUGCAAGUUCAUCCAGAAGCACAAGACCUACGACCUGCGCCUGCUGUCCUCGCUCACCGGCUCCUGGCACUUCGCCCACGACGGCGCCUGGUACUACAUCAACCUGUGUCAGAAGGUGUACCAAGGGCCCCUUGGCUGCUCUGAAAGGGCCAGCAUUUGCAAAAAGACCAAGACUGGCCAAGUCCAGGUGUUGGGACUUGUCCACACGCAGAAGCUGGACGUUGAAGGGGACAAGGUCAUCGUGACUUACUCCAAAGGGUAUUCUUGUGGCAAGAAUAGGACGGCCUCCACCGUCAUCGAGCUGACCUGUGCCAAGACGGUGGGCCGGCCUGCCUUCAAGAGGUUCGACGGGGACACCUGCACCUACCACUUCAGCUGGGACUCGCGGGCCGCCUGCGCUGUGAAGCCGCAAGAGGUGCAGAUGGUCAACGGCACCAUCACCAACCCCCUCAACGGCAAGAGCGUCAGCCUCGGAGACAUUUACUUUAAGCUCUUCAGCGCCUCCGGGGACAUGAGGACAAACGGGGACCGGUACCUGUACGAGAUCCAGCUCUCCUCCAUCACCAGCUCUUCCAACCCGGCCUGCGCCGGCGCCAGCGUGUGCCAGGUGAAGCCCCACGACCAGCACUUCAGCAGGAAAGUGGGGACAUCUGAUAAAACCAAGUACUACCUGCAAGAUGGUGAUCUCGACGUGGUGUUCGCCUCGUCCUCCAAGUGUGGGAAGGAUAAGACCAAGUCUGUCUCUUCCACCAUCUUCUUUCACUGUGACCCUCUGGUGAAGGACGGGAUCCCUGAGUUCAGCCACGAGACGGCUGACUGCCAGUACCUCUUCUCCUGGUACACGUCCGCCGUGUGCCCGCUGGGGGUGACCUUCGGCGGCGACCCUGCCGAGGACCAGCAGGAGCACACGGGGCUGUCGGAGAGGAGCCAGGCCGUGGGGGCGUUGCUCAGCCUGCUGCUGGUGGCGCUGACUGUGUGUCUGCUGGCCCUGCUGCUGUACAAGAAGGAGAGACGGGAAACGGUGCUCAGCAAGCUGACGAGCUGCUGCCGGAGGAGCGCGGACGUGUCCUACAAAUACUCUAAGGUCAAUAAGGAGGAAGAGGCGGAUGAGAAUGAGACCGAGUGGCUGAUGGAGGAGAUCCAGGUGCCAGCUCCGCGGCCCCCAAAGGACGGGCAGGAGAACGGCCACAUCACCACCAAGUCCGUGAAGGCCGAAGCCCUCACGUCUCUGCAUGGGGAUGACCAGGACAGUGAGGAUGAGGUGCUGACCGUGCCAGAGGUGAAAGUUCACUCGGGCAGAGGGGCUGGGGCCGAGAGUCUGCACCCCGUGAGGAACCCCCCUAGGAAGGUGCCGCGGGAGAGAGGGGAUGACCGGGUGGGGCUGGUGAGGGGCGGGAAGGCCCGCAGGGCUAGGCCUAGGUCUGCGCAGCUCGCCCCCGGGACCCCCGGCGGCCUGGCCUCCUUCCACGACGACAGCGACGAGGACCUCCUGCACAUCUAGGCCCGUGCCGUGCGCCCGCGCCGGCGGCACAGCCAGACGCUCCGACCAAAUAGGACUUCAACUUGAUGAUGCUUCUGUCAUUUUUGCCUUUAACAAAAACAGUUUCAAAAGGGAAGUGUUCUCGUGAAGGGGGAGAGGGAGAAGGGUCAGGUGCUCGCCCGUUCCCGAGUGUCCACGGUCCUGGGACCAGGCACCGCACCUGCUGCCCGGCGCUGUCCUGGGCGCUGGGCCGGACGCAUCUCGGAACCGAGGGCUGUAUAUGGAAAACCCUUGCUGCUUUAGGCCCCGUCGGGCAUUUGACCAUUAUAUUUUAGCAUUUAAUUCUCUCCUCCUAUUUAUUGACUUUGACAAUUACUCAGGUUUGCGAAAAAGUUAAAAAAAAAAAACACAACAACCCACGACAGUUUCUCCCUGCGUGCAGGGGACCUCGUCCGGUCGUCCCGCUGCCAGGGAAGCUGUGGUUGGCUAGGAUGCUUUCCUAGGAGAAUACGAGAUCUCGAACUGGUCUUGAAUUAUGUAUCCUCUAAGUUAGAAUACUCCAUUCUGUCUCUUCUCUCUUCGCUUUCUGUUUCUUAAGGGGACGUGCGUGCACACACACGCACGUGCAAGCACACGCGUGUGCACCGUCCCCCGAGUGCCUGGGCUUUGGAGGGCUCGCCUGUCUUUGCCUUUUGCCGAGAACGGCCGCAGCUUUUGCAUGUAACUUCAGUCCGGGUGUACACGGCACAUUUAUCAGUAUUUCUUUCGCCAGCUGGUGAAUUCCACCAACCGCCCAAAGAUUGAUUUGAGUGUGUGUGUGCGCGCGUGUCUGUGUGUGAGAGAGAGAGAGAAUGGAGAUGUCAGAGAAAAUAACGUUUUUCAGAUUUGGGGUACAGGUCUCGCCUUCAGGUUCUCAUGAUACCACCUUUACUGUGCUUAUUUUUUUAAGAAGAAAAAAAGUGUUUAUCAACCAUUUGACCUAAUAGAAGCCUUAAUUUGCACGGUGCGUGGCUUACAGAAAUGGCGGGGCCGCCGAGGGCUGGGCCGCUGGCCGGCACCCCGCGGGCCCUGCGCCGGGGUGGUGAGGCCGGCCGCCUGCUCCCCGCCGUGGGCGCCUUUCUCCAAGUGUUUAACGAAUGACUUUUCUUGCAUUCUAGACUGUACAUAGACUCGGUGGUGUUUAUAUACUGGAAAGCAAACCACCUACCGAAUUCUCGGUUUGUACUCAGUUUGGCUGGCUUAUAUGAUUUCAACAUGAGUGUAUUUUUUAAAAUUGAUUUCUUUCCUCAUUUUUUUUCAAUCAAAUUUACUGUAAUAUGAAGUAUUAAACAAUUUCAAUAAAAGAUAAAUUAUU